GCAAACAACGUAGCGUGUACCUCCCAGUGUGUUUGUGGGUCUUUAUCGCAUUAUUUCAGCACACUGUCCUCCCAAUGUCCAUCACAGAUCAAGAUAUUAAGCUCGUGUCUGCGGACGGAAAGAACCCUCACUGUUUUUCCAGAUAUUUUGAGGACCUCGCGUGUUUUUGGAAGGAAGAGAAAGUUGACAACGAGGAGGCUGAUGCAGAAGACGGAUUACGCUACGCCUUCUUUUACCGCUACGCAGACUCACCAGAGAAUGAAUGCAAUCUCACUGUACAACAUGGCGGCCAAACGCUCUACGUCUGCUACUUCCCCGAAGAUGAUGUCCGUCUUUUUAGUGACCUUACUGUCUCUGUGAAGGAUAGAGGCACAAACCAGACCCUCUACCAUCGCACUCUUGAGGUGGAAAGUGUAGGAUUAAUAGAGCAUCCCACAAACAUCACGGUUUCCUGGUCAGGCAAUGGGAGAUCAUUCCACCUAAACUGGAAUCCCCCCAAACAUGACUUCAGUCUAUUCUUUGUAUAUGACAUCCAGUACUGGGCAGAAAACUCACCAGACAAAUACCAUCAGAUUAUCAGAGCAGAUGAGUUACCGUGCAACCUCAACGACCUUAAAACGGACGUUCUUUACAACCUACGCGUCCGUACCAAGAUCAAUAACGGGAAUGAGACAUUUUGGGGCCCAUGGUCAGAAGCCAUCACAUUUUUCUCGCCUGCCUCUACAGAUAAUAUUGGGUUACAUUGUUUCACCCCUGAUCUUGUUUGGGUUUGCUGCAACUGGAACCAGAUGGAAGAAGAUAUAGCGGGACUACAACAGCUCUUCUAUCAGUACGGGGGACGAGGGUGGCAACCGUGCACAGAGGACAUGCGCAGGACAGACUGUGACUGUGUGUUUAAGGGAGAAAACGAAACCCCGGUAUCUAUAGCAGUGAACGUCUCCUCUAUUGCCAACGCCCCGCGUGUCUACUACAAGGAACCUUUCUGGAUUAACCAUGUGGUGUUUCCGCCUUCACCCGAACUGCACCUAAAGCAGCUAUUGGGGGGUAAAGUAGCAGUGAACUGGACAGUCCCUAUGGCAGAGUUUGAAGAGGAUAUGAGUUAUGAGAUCCGAUUCUCCAAAGACGAGGGCAAAACCUGGAAGACCCUACAGGUUCCCCGUGGAGUUUCCCAUGAAGUUCUGGAUCUGAUUUCGGGCUCGCACUAUUCCCUGCAGAUAAGAGCCCGUCCCAGUGGAGAACGCAUCCAGGGGUUCUGGAGCUUGUGGUCUCCAGAAAUGAACAUCACACUCCCCUCCAGCAAUGGCUGGAUGGUCAGCAUUAUUGCCGCUGUUUUAUUACUAGUCCCUGGAUCUGCCGUCUGUAUUUACUGCAUCUUCCGCUCUGCCUGUGGGAAACUAAAGGACAAAUUGUGGCCGCCUCUGCCCAAUCUACACCGCGUACUGGACACGUUCUUAAUGGAGAUUCAGAAACAGUAUCAGCCAAACUCGACGCUUUACGAGAAGCCAAUGGAGGAAGCCCUUCAGCCGUCGUGCCUGGAAAUUUUAGGGGAAGAGGCCCUUUCCACCGAAAUGCUCCAGAUAUCUCGGGAUUAUGUGCAGCUGUCUCCUCCAUUAUAUCAGAACGAGGAUUUCUGGCCACAUCUCAACCUAACCCUCAGCUUGACCGGCGUCAACCAAACCACCAACGGCAUCUCCAACCAGACGUACUUAACCACCACAUGGAACUUGUAACUCCUGGGACAUUAACACGCUGGUUACCUGUCUCCUCCAGGUUUUGUUUUCUCUGUUUUAAGAUGAAUGAAGUGCCAAAUGGGUUAAAGGGAUAUUAAAUCCUAUGAAUUAGCGUAGCCCCCUUAUGUAGCUCAUGGACCAAAAAUCACCAAAUGCCACUUGGCUGUAAAUAGCACCAUAGACUUUUCCAGUUUUAUACAAUAAAUGUGUACAAUAUAUUGUGUUACAUUGACUGCUGUUCCUUUCACUGCCCUCUAAAU